UUUUGUAAUACUUCCACCUAUCUGAGAACGAGUAUUGCUGCAGGUCAAGAGAUUGGAUAGUUGGGCACCUGUUCUAUUCCAUUGCACCAUUUCUAUUCCAAAUCUACCCCUUCUCUCAUCCUUGCGCCCUAGUUGGUACUGUCUCUUGGCCGACUCUUGUCACUCUACCCACCUAUGCAACAUCCUCAAACCGCUGAAGACGAAGAAUGAACAUGUCGUCCAAGAAGAAACUUACCAUUUUGAUAACUGGUUGUUCAGAGGGAGGCAUGGGUGCCGCUUUGGCCAUGGCCUUCCACAAGGGAGGGCACCAUGUCUACGCGACAGCACGAAAUCCAUCCAAGCUAUCGACACUGACUGCACAGGGUAUCAGAACAAUCACAUUGGAUAUAACCUCUGAGUCAUCCAUCGCGUCCGCCGUCUCUUCAGUUUCAUCUUCACUGCCAGAAGGAAAAGGCCUCGAAAUGCUUGUCAACAACGCCGCGGGUAGCUACACGAUGCCGAUCGCAGACGUUGCACUUGACCAGGCGAGAGCUUUAUUCGAUCAGAAUGUUUGGGGUCACAUUGCCGUGACGCAAGCAUUUUUACCUCUUCUACUUAAAUCCACCACUGGUUCGUCUAUAGGUGGUCAUCCCAUAGGCGAGGCUCUGAUAGUCAACCACACCUCGGUAGGAUCGGUGACAGCCCUACCGUUCCAAGGGGUUUACAAUGCUUCCAAAGCCGCGCUAGCCAUGCUUUCCGAGACGAUGCGUUUGGAGUUGGCGGCCUUUGGGAUACGUGUCGUAGAUCUCAAGACAGCAGGAGUUAGGACAAACAUCAUUUCCAACAACAAUGUCAAUUCGAAGGCCGAUACUUUGCCCCAACACUCGAUAUACCAACCGGCAAGGGAGGUGGUGGAAAAGGCCAUGAGUCAACAAGGCCUCGUCGAAAUAGGUAUACCCGCGGGGCAAUGGGCGGAACAGGUUUCGGGACUAUUGACCAGGGAUAUCCCUCCCGCAGUGAUUUGGAAAGGGGAGAGUGCUUUGAUGUCCCGCAUGGCUACCUUAUUGCCAUCUAGGUUGCUCGAGGGGACUCUCAAGAAGUUGACGAGGUUGAACGAGGUGGAAGGAUUGAUCGAGAAGAGUAGAGCAUAA